UCAUUGAGGGAUAUUUAUGCAUAAACGAUCCCAACGGCAACAGAGCCGUCCACUGCUCCGAAUCCCACGCUCACCUGGAGGAGGAGAAGUUCAGGAGGAAGCUCAAGUAUUUCUUCAUGAACCCCUGUGACAAGUACAAAGCUCGCGGAAGAAAACCCUGGAAGCUGAUACUGCAGAUCGUCAAAAUUGCUGUGGUCACGAUACAGCUGGUGUCGUUUGGUCUCAGUAAUCAGAUGGUGGUUCAGUUUAAGGAGGAGAAUCUGAUGGCGUUCAGGCAUCUGUUCCUGAAGAGCUUCAGAGACAGCAGCACUGACACUUACUCCAUUUACACACAGCAUGACGUCUACACGCACAUCGCCUUCACCGUGAAGCAGUUUCUGAUGUUGCCAAGCAUAACGGUGGGCAACCAUCAAUAUGAGAAGGAAGGUGAUGUUUACACUCCGCUCACCAUCUGCCAGCAGUUCUACCGCAACGGCAGCAUCUCACCAGCCAACGAAACCUUUGACAUUGAUGCCCAGGUGGACGAAGAGUGUUUGCAGAUUUACCCAGUACCUCCCUUCUCACCUUUAACAACAAACCCGCUGAACUUUACUCUGCACUUCGAGAGGUUAUUGACAGUGACUGUAAAUUUCACUCUGAAAGCCAUUAACCUGGAGACGGUUGAGUAUCACGAGCUUCCGGACUGUUAUGUCUUCGACAUUAUGAUCACCUUUGACAACAAGGCCCACAGCGGUAGAAUAACGAUCGACCUGGACAAUGACGUGCACAUCUAUGAAUGCAGAGACUGGAGCGUGACUGAUGCAUCCCCGAGGAACAUGUACAUGCUGGUUUUGUUUGACGUGAUUGUCAUUCUGAUUCUCAUGCUGUCACUGCUGCUCUGUGCACGCUCGGUCAAGGCUGGAGUUCAUCUGCAGUUUGAAUAUACCGAAUUCUUCUCCAUUCAUUAUGACAAACACGUGUCCUUCUCUGACCGCAUGGAGUUUAUUAACGGCUGGUACAUCCUCAUCAUCGUUAGUGAUGUCCUGACCAUCUCAGGCUCUCUGCUGAAGAUCAUCAUCCAGCUGAAGGCCGUGGCGAGUUACGAUCUGUGCAGUAUCCUGCUGGGCACCGGCACCAUGCUCGUCUGGAUCGGCGUCUUACGCUACAUGGGCUACUUCAAAAAAUACAACAUUCUCAUCAUCACUUUGCGAGCGGCGUUACCGAACGUCAUCCGCUUCACCUGCUGUGCUGCCAUGAUUUACCUCGGCUACUGUUUCUGUGGAUGGAUCGUCCUGGGACCCUACCACACCAAGUUCCGGACGCUGAACGUUGUUUCCGAGAGUCUGUUUUCCCUCAUCAACGGCGACGACAUGUUCGCCACCUUCAAGAACAUGCAGCACAAGAGUGACGUGGUGUGGCUCUUCAGCCGCCUGUAUCUCUACACGUUUGUGUCUCUGUUCAUCUACAUGGUGCUCAGUCUGUUCAUCACGCUCAUCACUGACACAUACGACACCAUCAAGCAUCAGCAGCUGGAUGGGGAGCCCGUGUCAGAUCUGCAGGCGUUCAUCAUGCAGUGUAAAGAUCCUCCAGAAUCGGGCCGCUUCAAUGCGAAUGAGAACAGCGGUGCUGGAUGUCUGAUGUGCUGCUGCUCAAGCAGGACACACGGCUCUGAUGAGGACACAGACUAAUUUGGACGCUCACAUGAAGUCUUGUGUGAUUAUGAUGAGUGGCAUGUAUGUAAGUUUGGAUUGAAAGUGAGAAUGUGUGUAUGU